CAUCGGGAGCUUUAUAGAACAGCGCUGCUGCAGACUGUGUGAGGUCCUCGAUCGCUCGCAAUUUGGGGAGCUUUUGGGAAAGCCGUUGGAGAACUACUUCUCGAGACAAGAGUACAACAAUAAAUGCCGUAAUUUCCAUUCGUUGGUUUUACAGACGUCUUCGCUUAGAAUGGGUAAUGGGCUCAAUAAGGUCCUGCCUGACUUGUACUUGGGAAACUUCAAAGAUGCGAGGGACAGGGAACAGUUAGCAAGGAACAACAUCACACACAUCCUCUCCAUCCAUGACAGUGCAGCCCCUAUCCUGCCGGAGAUUACCUAUCUAUGCAUCUCAGCAGCAGACCUGCCCACACAAAACCUGACACAGCACUUCAAACAAAGCAUCAUGUUCAUGCACGAGUCCCGGCUGAAAGGAGAGGGCUGUCUGGUCCACUGUCUGGCGGGUGUGUCUCGCAGUGUCUCCCUGGUGGUGGCCUACAUCAUGACAGUGACAGGGCUGGGCUGGCAGGAGGCCCUGGCUGCUGUGAGGGUGGCUCGGCCAUGCGCUGGCCCCAACCUGGGGUUUCAGCGCCAGCUCCAGGAGUUUGAGACCACUCACGCUGACCAGUACAGGGAGUGGCUUCGGCAGGAGUACAAAGAGAGUCCCUUCAAUGACGAGGAUGACAUCCGCAUCCUGUUGGCCAGGAGUCUCAAACCCAACGGGGUGGCGGUGAAGGUGAAUGUUGAGCUGCCCACCCCUCCAGGAUUGCAGGGUACCUGAGACCCCUUAUCCAGGUCUUAAGGCUUGCAUUGGGGGAUGAUACCACUCUAGCCCCGAGAGGGGGAUGGGG